GUGAAGGUCCCACGCCAAUAUCCAUUCGCAAUUUCCGCAGGCGAUACAAAUUGUGUGUCAACCAGUGCAAUGAGUGUGGUGCAAAAUGAAUGUGAUGGAAGGACGAACUGUUUCUUUAAUGUCAAUGAUGGUGUUUUCCUUCCUUCGAAUUCGAGUUGUCUGAAAAAUACAAUCUUACUUGUUCGCUACAGAUGUAAAAGCAACAUUCCAGGUAUUUUUGCCAGCUCAUUCCAGGUAUUUUUGCAAGCUUAUUAAACUGCAGCUAAUGCUGACGCUGGAUAAUGCAAUAUGUGUAUCCUAACCCAUCCUGCUGUAGAAAACCCACGACUUCUGGCCGAGCAUUGAUUGACUUUACAUACAUGAAUGUGUUGAGUCCGUAGCGAGAACGAAACCAACGUCACACCGGCGCUGCACUUUAGAUCGUGCAUGCUUACUAAUUUUGGUUAAGUUCUGCAGAUUACGACACAUUGUCAGUACGAAGUCAGUACGCAGUAACGUGCAAUAAAUAAUCAAAUAACAGAAAGUAAAAAUUUCAACUAAGUCCAACGACACUAGCGAUACCUCGCAGUAUACAUCAUAUCAGCGGUCGCGUUUGGCGUAAAAAAAUGUUGAUGAGUUGCAAAUCAGCAGGGAUUUGUUUCAUGAUUUGUUUCAUGAAUUAUUAAAUACAUUAUUUGGUGUAUCAACAGACAAUAAGCUUCAGUUUAUAUUUUAGAUCCAUGUUACUUUAAGUAUUUCUUUCUACCUGUAUAAGUAAGUUCAGGAUUUGUCAUGUAGAGUAUUAAAACAAUCAUUUUCAUGAUAUAAUCCUUAUUUUAUCCAUUUUUAUAUUUAAGCUGCUCCAAACAUACUUUAUAUCAAAGUUAGAAGUCAACAUGAACUGCUAGUAGUUUGGUCGUUCAAUAACAACAAUGGUGAUAGGACAAAGUUUCAGAUUUGUUGGAACAAAACCGCUGGGGGAACGGAUCGAGAUUGUCAUCAAGGAUUUUAUUUCAAACCUACAGUUAUAAGCACAACAAUUCCGGGACUGCAGUCAGCGACAAAGUAUACCAUAACAGUAGUACGAUAUACUAGUGAUGGAGCAACCCCUAGUAGAAAAGGGCAAAAAGUUGCCAUAACUCGCUCAGGUUAGAAUUUACUGAUAUCUUAACUAAAAUUAUUCACUACUAAAUAAUUUCCUGACAUUAUGGUGCAGCAGACUGUGGUCAAUCGACAUGCAGUUAUCAAAGUCAGAAAAUAAUAUUAAUGUUUUUAUUAUUUGUACUUCUAGCAGUCUCAAAUAGAAUCGAGUGAUUUAGUUCAAUUUUCUUGUUCCCAUAACUAGUCAACAUUUUCUGAGAUGGACCACUAUAUAUCUACUGUCCCAUAACGCUUGCUGAAACAUAUCAAUAGAUCUGUCAAUAUUAUUUAAUUGUUGAUUCUAAGUUGAUAUUAGCGUGCUAGUUAUACCCACGGCUACAAAUGUAAGUAUACCUAUAAACUCCUUUGAAUCCGAAUGUUUUAUCGUGGUACUAAUUUUAACCAUAGCCUAUAUCGAAGGGGAGGUGGCUGUGAAACUCAUUAGAAUAACAAUUAUAUAUAACUCAUUAUCUAUGUUGGUCAACGUUUAUUCAUAAAUCUGGUCCUUCACCGUCACGUGUGUAUUGUAUUUUUACCCAACUAACCAAUAGCAAUGUUUUAGGAAAGUCACCUAUCCAUGACUCGAACAAUAGGGAAACUGGAAAUUGCUAUUGGUGGAUUUGGCAAAAAUACAAUACACACGUGACGGUGAAGGACCAUAUUUAUGAAUACACGUUGACUAACACAGAUAAUGAGUUAUAUUGUUAUUCUAAUGAGUUUCACAGCCAUCGAUCUCCCCUUCGAUAGGCUAUGUUUUAACAGAACCUAGAACAAACACAUACAUGUAAGACCUGUUUAGAGUUGACUAUUCUUCAGACAUUUUGGCCGUUCGAAGCCAUAUAUAGGGUAUAAGAAAUUGGAUUUAUUUUUAUUUUGGAUCUAAACUAAUAGUGCAUGCACUCGCAUCUUUGUAUCAUUCUUUUGUAUUUCAGCUCCACUUCAGUUGCAAGUUAGAGGAAUAAGAUCUGCGACCUCUUUUCAAGUUAAACUUGGAGCACUUCAAAGUGCAGAUGAUAUGUGAGUUCACGUUUUUCUCUACUUAACGGGAAAUUAUAAGCAUGCAGCAUGACAGGCACAUCGAUGCUAUACAGAACACAAUAUGUUGUUGUUAUGGUUAUUAUAUGUAAUAUAGUAUAAAUACAGCAUGAGCGACCGUGUUGUAUCAGAGUUACAAACUCGAGCCGAACGCGAGGUUGUAUGCUGUCUAUAGCUUGUGAAACGUAAGGAUUUCAACAGUUGUGUUUUAAGAAAUUAUUUUAAAAACUGGUUUUAUCUGAGAAAAUCGAUAAUUUUCUUCAUGAAUUAUUAAUAAGUUUUAACAAGCUUUAUAUCAAAUAAAUGGCAUUCAAUUUUUUCAAAUGGAUCCAGGAACGUCUUAUUACAAUGACUAAAUUCUGGUCCUACAGUUUCCUCUCUCGCUAGAAAGUGAACCUUCCACCGUAUAGCUGCAUGUACUCCGUGGUUUGACAUAGAUAUUGUUUACCUGUUUAGGUAUGUUCAAAUUAUUGUAUCGAAACUACGAAACAAUACAAAGCCAACUGAACAUCCAGGAAACGACCUUAUACCGUACAAUGAAAACACUGUCGAUAACCAGCCAUACAUAGCCGCACAGAUUGAUGGAACGAACAUCAAUCAAAACAGUGUUUUUACAGUAGGAGAUGAUAAGGAAUACGCUCCAUCUGGCACAAGAAAAAGAAAAAGAAGAAGCACUAACUAUCAGAAUGUCCAAUUGGAGCCAGAGACGUAUUACUCUGUUUUUCAAAGAACAUUUAAAAGUGCGGUAAGUGGUAAAUUAUCUCAAUCUAAAUAUGAGAGUAAUCUGAGAAAAAUUUCGGGGCCGCGGUACACGAGAUUCAUUUUUGUGCUGGUUCUGACCGAAUCUGUUCUUGUUAAGUAUUGGUGGGUUUCACCGAAUGCUACCGUGGUAUAAUUAUGGAACAAGACAAUUCUGAUAUUAUAAAAUCACUUGUGUUAAAUCCCAGUCAAACAAGGAUGAGAGUUGGCAGUUCCGCAUUGUUACGGGGGACAUUUCAAGCUCUAAAUAAAGCUUCGAUGCUUGUUCCAAAUAUGGUUUAACUUAAACAGAAUACAUGAUAGUGUUGGGAAAGCAUUAAGAACAACCCUAAACUGAUCAAUCGAUAUUUGACUUUCUUUCGGACACUUCGGCAGGGCAUUCCAGUGCACAGCUGUGAACAUCGGAGUAGCUGAUGGUCUUCUUCAGAUAAUUCGUGUUUGAGUUGGCAGCGUGAAAUUUGUAUCUCCGUGACAUCUCGGUACAACGGAACUUUUUAUGAGUGCAAGGAAAAUUUUUCACCAUCUUUGUUUAGGAUUUGUACUACGAUUCAGAUUGGAUGGAUGUUAUCAAAACAGAUGAACUGCCAACUAAAGCGUCAUCCACCCCCCUGACAAAUGUGUCCGUGGUAACUACAGAAGGAACUGCAAUCACUCAACCAGGGGGAGGUCCUGAUGAUGAGAAGCAAAGUGGUGGCUGCAGUGAAGGACGUAGUGCAGGUACGGAUAUUUUAGUACGAUUUAUAUUGUUUACAAAUUCUAUAAAACAUAACGACAUUAGAACAAAAGCACCAUACGUUGUCUCGUUUAUAGAAGAUUUCUUUUUGGAGUAUGUUUAAUUAACUUAAAAAUUAAUUGCCGCAUGAAAAUGGAUGUUAGCGAACUUAAGUAAGACGUAAUCUACGUAGCAAAGAAACACAUUUUGAGACAUUCAAAGUUAACGUGUUGUUUAAUUUUAACAUAGGUACAGAAGAUGGUGAAAAAUAUCUUGUUGGAAUUAUAGUAUUAAUAAUUCUCGUGAUAAUUUUGCUCGUUGCCCUUGCUUAUUUCAUUUAUCAAAUUCGGCGACUCAAAUCAUCAAAGGCAAACUUGGAGAACAAGUGCAAGGACAGAAAUAAUUCAAAAGAAAUUGAUGAAAAUCUUGACAAUGAUGAUGCAAAUUAUGAUCACGCGAAUUAUGAAGAAGUGGAAAAUGAAGAGUCGACGUAUACAGCUCUCAAAAGACCUGGCCCUGGGGAGGAAGAAAAUGAUGUUCAUUUAUAUGCCCAUCUAAAUGAAGUACACAAGGACUACGUGAAUCAGGCAGAAACUGGAUUUUGAGGAGGCUCUUGUACGAAGCCCAUUUGGUUUAUCUUGUGAAGAAACUCAAUAUAGAAAUCGCUUGUUGAAUAACCAAGUUUUCGACUUGAAUAGAAAAUUACCAAUCCAAAGUAAUUAUUAGACUGUUGUCAUUAUAUCUACAGUCAAAUUAUUAGACUGUUAUCAUUAUAAAACAUAAUCUACGCCUAAUAAAUAUAGAUGUGAACAAGUUACUACAGAUAUAUUGGCAAUCUAAAAUUUAUAUUCUGCCGAACCGUCAGUACAUAUAUAUAUACUCUUUCAAAACUACAUUAAGAUGAUGUUUCAAUAUUAUGUUUGUAUAUACAUACAAGCGGCUGUAAAUUUAAACGUGAAAUAUCUAAAAGAAGUAGACGCCAGUAAACGAUAUUAAUUGUGCUUGAACAAAAAUUAGGUCGUUGACACUAACAAUUUAGAUCGAUCCCAAGCCGAUUCAGAGUUGUAUCGGGCCAAGUUUGGACCGACCAACAACGAGGCUGAGACUGAAUCAAGAUCAAUCCACCUCUAGAGGUGGUGGUCUCGGAUCCGUACACGUUUUAGCAAAGCAAGUAAGUAACCAUGUUACGAAGUAGUCUGGGGACUAUUCACACUUAUAGUACUCUUUAAGAUGGAUCUAAAUUAGAGCGAUCACAAAACGAUCUGACGCCGGUUUCUACAUUUGCACAAAAACUUGAAUGAAUUAAUAAGCGCGGAAAAACUGCUAGGCUGCUAAGCAAGAAAUAGACCUUUGGAAGUGCUUACGUCACGCGAUUUGUGAUACAGAGGAUUUCUGGGAUGCACAAUGCAUUGUGGGAUACUUUUUGGUCAAUAAUUCAUUGUUUGAAAAUUACGUGACGUAUUCCUAAGUAAAACGUGAACUGACCGUAGACCACCUCGUCCAGUUCAGAUCGACCUCGAAUCAGUCUCGGCUCGUUAAUCGUUAUUGAUUGUCCACACUUUGCCCGAUAUGGCUCUGAUUUCAGAUCGAUCGUUCAACUCCCUUAUCAGGGUUUCACCUGAACUGCUAGUAAUGUGUAGUAUCUGCAUGAGACUGAAGCUAUUUUGAUAAGCUAUAUUAAGAAGUCUUGUCACCGCCUGAAACCAAUAUUGGCCUGGUAUUGUAUGUUGUCGUAGCGAUAAAUAUAACUGCUUCAUUUUUUUUGUUGAAACAUCUCAUUUACACUGAUAAAGAUUCGAGCUUCCGAUCGAAAGUUUUGCCAAAUAAAUACACGUGAUGUUUUUUUAUAAAAACAAAAGUAUUUUCAGUUAUAUAACUUAUAUUGGUUAAGAAUUCCGUCUAAAACCUCCCACAAUCCCCACAAAUGAC